CAUUGGUGGGCAGUAGGUAAAUCAGAGCUGUUCACUUGAUUGGCGCUGCCGCCAUGGCUCUUCCUGUCUCCUAAGCCCUUCUGACGGGGUGGCAAGGCGCGAUCAUGAUCUGAAAUCCGUACUUUAGCCUGUACUUUUCAGCAGCAUUGUCCUCGGCAUGGGGUUAAGCAGCCAGCUUCCGCGGGCGCUGGCCGCAGCUGCCCAAAAGUUGAUCCUCAAAGACCCCGCGUCUCCGCAGGCCGUUGAAAAGGGCUGGGGUUUGCUUCAUCGUGCCAACCCCUUGGACAGAAACCUCACGUACCAUGCUAAGUCUCAGUUUCCGAGAACCUCUGGCAAACCUGAUGCAGUCUCAAGGGGCCCAAAGCUCGGUGGGCAAGCCAGCAGAGGAUUUGCAACUAGCGCCGGCAGAACACCAGUGGCCGCAGAUGUAGCGCCACCCCCGCCGCAGGGAGGCUCGCCUCUCAAGUCGCUGUCGUGGCUUCUAUCAAUUCCAGUGGGCUUUGCAGCCUACUAUGCAUACACGCAGUCGAAGCGGCCUCCGGUAGUGACCUCAGUUGGCGACGAUGCGGAUCCACACGUGAUCCAGAACUGGAGCGGCACGCACGAGGUGCGCCCCAAGGUGUUUUUCCAGCCCGAAACGGAGGAGGAGCUCGAGAAGAUCGUGGCAGAGGCGCAGGAGACGGGCACCAAGAUCCGUCCGAUGGGCUCGGGGCUCUCCCCAAACGGGCUGGCGUUCCAGGAGGAUGGCAUGCUCAGCCUAGCGCUGCUGGACAAGGUUGUGGCAGUCGAUAAGGAGAAGAAGCAGGUGACGGUGCAGGCAGGAAUCCGUGUGCAGCAACUAGCGGAGGCGCUCGCGGAGCACGGGCUCACUCUCGAGAACUUUGCGAGCAUCCAGGAGCAGCAGGUUGGAGGCUUCACCCAAGUCAGCGCCCACGGCACCGGCGCCCGCAUCCCCACCGUCGACCAGUCAGUGGUCGCCCUCAAAGUCGUCACCCCGGCAAAAGGCACCCUCACACUCUCCGAGUCCCAAAACCCCGAGCUCUUCCGGCUGGUCCGCGUCGGCCUCGGCGGGCUCGGCAUCGUCACCGAGCUGACACUGCAGUGCGUGCCGAGCCACAAGCUGGUCGAGAAGACGUGGACGGUGUCAAGGGGGGAAGCCAAGCGGAAUCUUGGGAAGUGGCUGCGGGAGUACCGGCAUAUCCGGUACAUGUGGAUUCCGUACACGGACACUGUGGUGGUGGUUGCCAGCAAUCCGGAGGGGAGCGAGCGGGGCUGGUUCUCGUGGCUCUGGGGCGCGGCCAAGCCCGCGAAGCAGUACAGCGAAGACGAGCAGCUCGCGCCCGCGCGCACUCUCAUGCGCGAGGUCGAGGCCACCAAGCACCCCCCCCAGGCGCCGAAGCUCCCCCCCGACGCACUCGACUCACUCACCUUCUUCGAGCUGCGCGACAAAUUGCUGGCGGCGGACCCCCUGGACUGGGAGCACGUGAAGAAGGUAAACGAGGCCGAGGCGGAGUUUUGGAAGAUGCGCGAGGGGUCGCGCGUCGCGUGGAGCCACGAGAUACUGCAGUUCGACUGCGGGGGGCAGCAGUGGGUGCUGGAAGCGGCGUUCCCCGCGGGGACUGUGAAUAAGCCCUCCGACGCGAGCAUAGCGUUUAUGGAGGAGGUGUUGGAACUAGUGGAGGGGGAAAAGAUCGCGGCGCCGGCCCCAAUCGAGCAGCGGUGGACCAAGAAGAGCGACUCGCCGAUGAGCCCGGGUUACGCUCCCCCGGGCGCGCCGAAAGACUCGAUCCACUCUUGGGUUGGGAUCAUUAUGUAUCUCCCGACCAUGGAACUGGUGGAGCGCAUGCGCAUCCGAAGCGCGUUCGAGGAGUAUAAGAAGAAGUGCGAGGUCGCGGUGUGGGAGAAGUACGGCGCGGUCGAGCAUUGGGCGAAAGUGGAGAUUCCGGAGGAGAAAGAGGAUCAGAAGCGGUUGCGGGAGCGCUUUAGGCGAAAGUACCCGUUGGAAAGAUAUAAGGAGGCGCGGCGGGAGUUAGACCCUAAGGAUCUGCUGGGGAACCGGUUGUUGAAGUUCAUCUCUCAGGAAGACAAGGUUGAUGAAUCAUGACGACUGUGGCGGAACAGCAAGGGGCGCGUUCAAAGUUGUACACACGUUGGGAGGGCUGACUCACGUCAAGGAGGCUGACGGACUCGUUGUACCGUAAUUUGCGACUUUGAAAAUCCUGGGCAGAGCAAGAAAAAGCCGUAGUGUCUAUGCACAACUGCGCGGCUUGAAGAGGGCUCGAGAACAUUCUUGUUAUCCGGCCCCAGCCCACGCAGUCUGACCGAGGCACAGGAGCCAGCCGAAUCGUCGAGUAUGAUACAUAACCUGAGUCAAUUGGCAACUGUAAGUUAGAUCAUGCGGCCAAUCAUCUAAGAACAUGAUAUUCUUGCCGCU